AUGGUUUUCCGCAAGCUCUACAAGGGACUUGUCGGCCAGUUGGCUCGGUCCAAAGAUGAAGAGGCCCCAUACUGCCCUGUCAUCAUGUGCGAGACUCUGAGACAGUUGGCGGACCCUCGAAAGGCGAACGAGGUGAGGGCCUGGAUUCAGGAUGACAUCCUAUCCUUCAUCGGCCCCGGCAAGGCGAUAGAAUUCACGGAUUUCCCAUUCCCUGAAAGGGGCUAUAUCCAGGUCAACGCCAUGAUCAUGAACAAGAUGGUGAGUUUGGAAGCCAACGUCGCCGUUGAAUUCAUGUGGGCCAUUCUAGCGCCGGGCAAUAACCAGCCGUAUGGAACCCUCCCCGAGAGCACGGGGAUGACCGUCGGUGGCAUCGCUCGCUGGUGUUGGAUAGCCCUAGAGCCGGCCCACGGCUUGAGGUGCGAGCUACCCGAGUGCGAGUUCUGUGGCGGGGAGACCGCAGCAUGUAUGUCCCUGGUCAACCAAGCGUACCACAAGGCUUCAUUUGGGUCUUUUAUACCCGGGAGGAUUGAGGUGCCAAGCUUCAGGUCGUUCUCAGAGCAGCAGCGGGGUGCAUACUCCAUCGGGGUCUCGCUCGUGACGCUGCGAAUCAUGGCGAUACAGCUGGGCAUGGUCAACGAGGCAGAUAAGUUGUACGAGAUAUUGGAAAGCUGGACUCCAAUUCUCGCCAAAGCAUUUGAUGGUUAG